AUGAAUGCCCAGUCAUAUGCAAAAUUUUUGAAUGAUAACUUUAUUCCAUGGUAUCGUAAGCAGCGUCCUGCAUCUUUCAAAAAGAAAAUAAUUUUCAUGCAGGACAACGCGCCAUCACAUGCUGCACGUUAUACGAUUUCCUUUCUCGCAAAGUUUGGCUUGAAAGAUGAGAAGUUAAUGAUAUGGCCACCAGCAUCUCCAGGUUUUAAUCCUAUUGGGAACUAUUGGAGCGGUAUCUUAAAACGUGUGAUUUACAGCGGUGGUCAGCAAUAUACCACGAAAGAUGAAUUAUGGCAUGGUAUAUGCCAAGCAGCCAGGAGUAUUGGAGCCAACGAAGUGCAAAAAUUCACAAAAUCUGUUGACAGUCGACUUUUAAAGAUCCUCUUGAAUAAGGGAUGUUAUAUGAAUAAGUAGUAAAAAGAAAUAGUGUGUGUGCUAUUAGUUGACCGUUGUCCAAUGCAGUAAUGUCAA